AUGGCACCAUCACAACAACUUCCUAAAAACUGGCCCCCUCAUAUUCCCUACCUCACAACCCCCACCUACUGCCCAACAAUAACCCCUUCCCACCUAAAACUUCUCCGCACACCUCCCACCGACUCCCUCCCCAUCCCCCCCUCACACUCUAAAGGACCGUGUCCCCUCGUCAAAAUCACACCUAUCAAUGAUCCCUCCCACCCCGCCAAUGGACAAAGCGGAUUAUUCGCGAGCCGCGACUUGAAAGCUGGAACACUUAUCUUGCAAUAUAUUGGGGAAGUACAUGGGGCGAUUGAUAUGAAUGGGGCGGAUGAGAGGUUGAGGAGGGAGGCGAAGAGGCAUGAGGAGAGCGAUUAUGAUUUGAGUUUGGAUAGGGAGGGGGGAGUGGGGGUGGAUGCUCAGGGGAGGGGGAAUGAGGCGAGGUUUGUUAAUGAUUUUAGGGGGGUGCUAGGGGGCAGGGUUAAUGCGGAGUUUAGGGAGGUGUGGGAUGGGGGGAGGGGGGAGAGGGGAAUGGGGGUUUGGGUUUUGGGGGAGAAGGAUGGGAAGGGGAAGGGGAAGAAGGUGGGGGAGGGGAUGGGGAAGGGAAAGGGAGAGGGAAAGGGAAAUGGGAGUGCGGGAGGGAAGUGGAAGGGGAUUAGGAAGGGAGAGGAGAUCUUGGUUAGUUAUGGGAGGGGUUUUUGGGGAGCAAGAAAGGGGGAAGAUGAGUGGGCGGAGACUGUGGAUGAGAGAGAGACAUUGGAGGUCUGA